CGCCCACUGCGGAACUUUUUGUUCUAGCUCGCGUUUCCACCGAAACGAUAAGGGCGGCCAAGGCGGAAGUAGUUGAGGCGUGUGGGCGGAGCUAAGCACCGCUAUGUCGGUUUCCUUGCUGCGGCGAGGUUUGGAGCUUUUGGGGGUGCCUGAGGCCCCCAGGGACGCGCCAGGCCAAACCAAGAUGAGCGAGGCUCCGAUGAAGCGGACGCGGAAGGCAAAGGCGGCCCAGGCCCAGAAACUGCGGAACUCGGCCAAGGGAAAUGUGCCCAAAUCGGCGCUGGCUGAGUUCCAGAAGCGAGAGCGUCGAGGUUACCUUGGAGUAAACCUGAGGUUUAUGACUAGUGCAAGAAGCACAGUGGCCGAAUCCGUCACCCAGCAGGUUGUGUGGCUGCAAGUGGCUGGGAGUCCCCACCCAGGGCUCCUGACUCUCACACCCCCCAAGAUUGUGCGCCAGGACCGGGGCCGCAAGGCCUGUGACCGGCCUGUGGGCAAGACUAAGAAGAAGAAGAAGGCCGAGGGCACCGUGUUCACCGAGGAAGACUUCCAGAAGUUCCAGCAGGAGUACUUCGGCAGUUAGGCUCCCGGGAGGGCACAGCCGCCUCGGACCUCUCAGCCUGGCUCAGGAAAGCCGUGGAGUGGAGGCUGGCACGGAGCUGGCGAGCUGGAAGCCCAGGGGAGGACCUUCGCUCAGACCCGAACUGACAUCUGCAGGCUCGGGAGGUACUAUCUGCCUGCUGGAAAGGAACACAUUGGACUGUUUUGUCUGCUUUGGCCCAGGGAGGGCCUCGGGGCUGUUUGCUGUGGAGAGGCCUGUCACUGGGCCCUUGGGGACCACACCUCUGAUAGGACGAGGGCCGCUGGGUGGGCUUUCGGGUUCUAAUAAACGUGGCCCGGGGCUGUG